AGUAUGUGCAUCAUACGUUUUGUUACUGCUGUUCUUGUAGUUUCUCUAGUUUAAGUAAUUUUUCACUACUAUAAUAGACAUUAUUCUCCACUAGUCGGUUUACAUUUAUCAAAAUCUAGAAAACUCUUACAUAUGGAUGACGAUGAACUUACUCAAGAGAUUUUGGACCAAUUCGACCUCAUUUGUACGCAACAUCAAUAUGAUCAUGUGUCGGCAUACAGUGGCGAAAAUUUAAAUAAACACAAUAUACAUUCAAACAAGCUAUCUAAUUGCUUAUCUCGGUCAACUUCGUUAGAUACAAAGUUGGGAGGAUGCACGCAGACAUCUGACUUCCCACCUAAUGAUCAAACUUCAACUGUUGGACGAAGCGAACUUGAACGGUUAAAGAAAGAAGUAUCUGUUCUACGUGAAGAGCUUUAUAUGAAACUAGGUGAACUUGCUACCAUUAAAGAAUCUGCCAGUCGAACAAAAGCAACCGAUUCUGAUACUAUCAGUAAAUUAGAAUCACAUCUUAAAUCUGAACGAAAUGAUUUCCAACGUAAACUAAGUGAAUUAAAUGCUCAGAUAGCCUUUCGCGAAGCUGAUUAUCGAUUAGUAUGUAGUGAACUAGCUCGUAUGAAAGAAGAGGUUGCAUUUAAUAAACAAGUGGUGAACGAACGUUCUGUUGAAUAUUCUCCUGCUUCACAAAUUCUUAUCUCCCUAACUUCCCCAAAUCCUGAUCAUGUUUCUAACCAAAAAUUACGAACACCUGUCCCUCGUGUUCCAAGCACGGAUUUUCACCUUCCUGCACCAGUUACUCCUAUUCCUAGUAAACGGUAUAAAGUUCCAACCGGUGGUCGAAUGUGGGAUGUUAAUGUCACGAACAAUUUAGAUGAUAAACUAAAGUCAAAUAAAACACCACAAGCUAUUGAUAAAAAUGUAGUCUUGAUAGAUAGUGAUGAAAUUACACCGUCAAAUGCAUCGAGGAAACGACAACGAUGUGUUGUGUCACCUGAUACUUCUCCAGAAUACUGUGUGCGCCAAAUUCCUGUAUCUUUAGCUGAUGCAUCCGUUGAAACUACAGACCUACCACAUAUUACUUCUCAUAAUCAUCCUUUGUCUUAUCGAAUUCCAUCCUGUGCUUUUUCAACCACUGAGCCUUUCAGCGAAUUUACUAAAGGAAAUCCUGAAAUGUUAUCAGAAUUAUUAGAUUUGUCUAUUUCAAUUCCUCAGAAUGAAAAGAGCAGGAGUAACAUCGAUAUUAAUCCCCAAACAGCAUUGAUCACAUCAUCCUUUUCAAUUUCAGAAGAUUCCACCUGGUUGUUAUCAGAUUAUUAUCUCACAGGGUUAAGUAAAUUACUUCCACGACAGUCAGAUAUUCUUAGUGGAAUCCAGUCAUCAUCUGACAACUAUGCAUCACGACUAAAUUUAGUGGUUAAACGAUUUUCUGAAUCUAUACCCUACUUAUUACGAAGAAUAGAAGAGCAGUUAAAAGGAUGUAUUCGUGUACUUUUGGAUCCUUAUAAUCGAUAUGUAAGGAAAUCAAUCCAAUCAUGUCAUUAUUCAGACUUCCAAAAAGUCGAGACUGAAGACAUGGAGAUAGCAGAAAAAGAGCAUGAACAACCAUCAUCUAUGGAUGUUUCUGAUGAUGCUAGCUCACAUGAAAUAUCUUAUUUAGGUGAAGAUCCUUUUGCUGGUGCACCUGCAUCACAAAUUGUCACAUCUCUAACAUAUCCUUCCCAAAUGAAAUCCAUUUCAAAACAAGUGGGAGGAAAUUCUAUCUUAAUGAAAAGAAACAAAUCAUGUCCCUCAGAUAUUGGUUAUUGGUCCUCGACUAAUCCUAUUGUCGGUGAUAAUAAAAUAAUUGAUAAUAAUAGCGCUGAUAAAACCACUAGCUGCCCUUCAUUAUAUCAUGAAAUUAUGAUUAGUCGAAGUAUACAAGGAAUUAAUCAAUUAAAGUACUUGGCUACACUUAUUAAUUCUUAUUGUCCUAUUUCAUUUGAAAUGUUUAAUGGAAUCAACACUGAUUUUACUAUGAAUAAUGAUGAACUCCUAUGCAUUUCUAAAGAAUUUCAAAAUCUUAUUCGAACAAUUUCUGGUGUUUUAUCCCGUUUCAUUAAUAAACUUAUAGAUGUCUUUUUUCAAAUGGAAGAAGGAAAAAAUCCAAUUUCAUCAUUAUCAACAACAUUAAUACAAAAUGAAUUAAUUGGUGACAGUGCUACAAAUGUUGCAUGUUCAAUGGAUCAGUCAUCUUUUAAACAAUCUCAGUAUACUUCUUCUAAACAAAAAAAUUACAUUUCAUCAUUUUGCGUUAUUGUACCUUUAAUUAUUGAAUGUUUAAACUUAGCCUCUGUAUUUGCAGUUUUCAUUAAAACUGAUUCAAAUCCAUUGAAAAACAAGGUUUCCAAUACAGAUGUGAAUGUGACAAACUUUUCUGAACUGAACACAUGUUUUCCUCAACUUUUGAAUUGUAUUAUCCUAACAUCGGAAGCUUGUUUUGGUCCAGAUGAUGAAUCAACUGAUGUUACAGCGACCACAAAAAAUCACUAUGGAUCUUCUUUACAUACUGGUAUAACAAAUAUUAUCAAGAAUCGUCCUGUUGUAACCUUAAAACCAUUGAUCAGUUUUCUUCGCCUAUGGAGACAAAUGAUAGCUCAAAAGCAUUGGCCUGGUGGACAUUGUUGUGAUCAGUGGUGGGACUUAGACGAUCAAAAAUCCAAUUCAAUAAUCUUGAAAGAUGUCCAUCAACAAUAUAUUGAAAAAUUAUUCGGUACAUCUAUAAAAUGUGGUCUACUUGCAUUAUGUUCAUGGAUUUAUCAAAUUUUGAAUCAAUUUAAUGAUUCUACACUUUUGUCAAAUUCAUUAAUUUAUAACAAUAUUGAGUUUUAUGAUUCAGCAGAAAUGCAAAGAAUUAAUUUAUUGAAUGAAUUUUCUGGGAUGAUUGCUGUGCUUACUCAACGUGAAGAUAUAAUUUGGCCUGAUAAUUGUUAUUGUAAGCGUCAGGUUUAUUCAACAUUAGUUUAUUUAUCAACUUAUCCAUUACAAACCUUAUUAACUAUACCAACUAGUUUAUUAUCAACACCAUUAAUUCAUCAUCAAUCCAUAUAUACAUAUCAUAUAUUAUUAAUGAAACAAAAGUAUUGUUUACUUGCAUUUGGUCAAUUAACACGUGCUUUAAUUGGAUUAUUAUGGAAACAUGGUGAUCAAUGUUUUCAAUUAUAUACUGAUUGUUUACCAGAUUAUUUUUGUUUAAUUACUAAUUUAUCUCGUUGGUUUCAAUAUACCAAUCGUAUACAAUUAAUAGAACAUGAUCAUAAUCAACAUGAAUUCAAUAAAUUCAAUUAUUUUAAUUCAUCAUUUCAUCUUAAUAAUAAUAAUAAUAAUAAUAAUAAUAAUUUUACAUUAAGACCUGAAUUAAUUGAAGAAUUGUAUGAUUUUGAGUCUGGUUUAGAAACUCCAUCAAAUUCAAAUGUUUUUUAAUCAUAUUUUUCCCUUCUGAUGAUGUAUCAUUGUUCAAUGUUGUACAUUUUGUAAAUAAAUUUGUAUAGAUUAUUAUUUGUCUUUUUUUUUUAAUAUUUCUUUUGAACUUCUUUUUUUUUCUUCUUCUUUUCUCUUCAUAAGUUAUUGUUCUGUUUGACUCUUGAUAUAGUUCAUUGUUCAAUUCUUUGUGUUUAUUUUAUAUUGCAUUUUGGUUCUUCUUUAUUUUCAAAGAGAGAGACAGAGAGAGAGAGAGAGAGAGAGGGGGGGGAGAAAUAACAACAUACUAUUCUGUAAAUAUUAUUGAAUAAAAUUACUUGUGAUUUUGUAAUGUGUCGUUUUUAUUUUACCUUUUUGAUUAGUUUAUUAUUGUUAAUGCAAGAGUAGCGUUGUUUAUUAAUCAACCUCUAAAAAAAGGGUUAAAUAUUUAUCAAAAAGAUAUUUUACCAUGUUUAUAAUUAUUUAUUUUGUGGAUUGAUAUUGGUGGACACGGAGGGUUCACCUAGGGGAGUUGGAAAACCCU